AUGUUUUUUGGAAUAACUGGCAAGGCCGCCCGUCUCUGGCGCCGUUUUUGUCGACGCGUGAGGCGUCGGGGCCCGCCUCCGUCGCUGGGGGCUGAGGCGGUGCCAGGGGUUGUCACUGGUGUGGAGAGGGAAGAGUUGAGGGAGGAUAGCGCAGCUAGUAGUGACGCCUUUAUGUCCGCGUCGUUUGUUGAGGUAAAUGUUCUACGUGAAGACCUCAAUGCGGCACACCACUACCCUGACAAUUCUAUCCGCACUGCCAAGUAUACCAGCUUGACGUGCUUUCCGCAUAGUCUGUUGUGCCAGUUCCAAAGAGUGUCAAAUAUAUACUUUCUGGUAGUCAUGCUUUUUUGUAUUAUUCCUGGCGUAAGCCCGGUAAAUCCGUUCAGCCUGAGUGUGCCGUUCUCCAUCGUGCUUGGGGCAGCCAUCGCCAAGGACCUGUGGGAAGACGGGAGGCGACGUCAGUCGGAUAGGCGCGCAAACAACAUGAUGGCGUAUGUGUUAAGAGGAGAAAAUUUUGUUGGCGUACCUGCCCACUCUGUGCGUGUGGGUGAUGUGAUGCUUUGCGCCCUUGGAGAGGAGGUAUUGGCGGAUGUGGUGCUACUUAAUUCCUCCCUUGCCGGGGGCAUUGCGUACAUUGAGACAGCCAACCUGGACGGGGAGACCAACGCCAAGUCGCGACGGGCGAAGGCACAGACAAUUGAGGCGCUUGGGGUAGCAGAGGACAUCAUUGAACGUUGUCUCCCGGAUCCUGCGAUGCGGGCACAUUUUCUGGCGCAAGGCACAACGGCAUCAUGGAGUGCGGCUGUCGCUGCAGGUGAUGUUGUAGAUGCCCCCACACCUGUAGAGUUAUCGGUGGUACCGCCCCAGGCUUUUAGGACGGAGGGGGCGGAGCCCGCCGCGAGGGUGCCGCAGCCUGGACUGCGAAAGGUGGUUCGUGAAAAGGGGUGUCCCUUCUCUGUGCAGCCCGUGUCGAGCCAUGGGACCCCGUUACUUUCGUUAAGGCCGGGCGCACACACGCGUUCCAAGACAUAUGGCAUCUGGGAACACCCAGCGACGGAGGUUCAGACGCCUCACCGGCGGCAGCUCAGUUUCGAUGAGAAGUUUGUAGUGGGGCGCGAGGUUCCGGUGCCGUCCCACAUUUUGGAGUUGUCGCAGCGGUACAAGGAGAAACACGCGAUGGACCACCACCACCACCACCAUCACCACCACCACCAGCAGCAGCUGCACCGGCGGAGCUCCUCCCAGUUGUUAUUCCCGAAUGGUGGGAUGCUGCAAGUACCAACUGGGGAAACAGUUUCCAACAGCGUUGAGCGGAGCGGUGAGGGAAGCACCAUUUACAACAAUAGAGGUGUCCUGCUUCUUGGCGCCCCCCCGUGCAGCGAACUUCACUCCUGGAUUGGGCAGCUGUGGAUGCCAGAUGGUGAGAUGGUUCCAUUGGGCAUUGACCAAUUUCUACCUCGCGGAUGUGUGAUACGUAACACGGAGUGGGUCCUCUGCGUGGUGGUCUACACGGGGAGGGAUACGAAGAUGCUGCUUAAUUUGCGGUCUAAGCCCAAGAAGAUGUCUGUGGUUGCCAGGCGUAUCAACAUCCUUAACUGCUUCCUCCUCCUGCUGCAUCAGUCGUUUCUGUUCUUCCUUUGCGGACUCGCGGUGCUGUGGCGGAACUCGCACCUGGCAGCCCCACCGGGCACACGCAGCGGGUACUCGACGUGGUAUAUUCAAUGGAGCCUUUCACGCUAUUCCCCGAGAGAAAUGUUUGGGUGGCGGUACUUCACCAACUUUAUCCUCCUCUCCCAUCUAAUUCCACUCUCCAUGUACGUCACGCUGGAGUUCAACAAGGCAAUGCAGAUGGUCCUCAUCACCCACGAUCGGAGAAUGGCCAACUAUGAUGAAUUCCUUGGUGAACUGCGCUACUCGCGGCCCAAAACCUCGGAGCUAAAUUGCCAGUUGGCGCAAGUACGGUACAUCUUUACCGAUAAAACCGGGACGCUGACGGAAAACAUCAUGAAGUACGUGGGCGGAUGCACGGCAACGCAGGACUACAAUGAACAGAAGCGGCCUGGUGGCCUUGGUGAAGACUUUCUGCAUCUCUUGGAAUCGCGCCUACAGAAAUGUGGGGGAGAGAUAGCCGCCGUGGCGCCUGUUCCCCACUGCGAUUUUGCUAUGCGCUUUGAUUUCGAUGAGAGUGCGAUGGAGUCAGAGCCGCUCUUUCAGUAUCUGCGGGCGCUUGCGCUGUGUCAUUCCGUCGUGAGCUUUGACCGCUCCUCCGUGGAGCAGGGUGCCUUGCUCUCCUCGAGUUGUGUUUCGCAGAGGUCGCAAGUGUGUGAGGCUGGCUCGCCACAUUUUCCAAGGAUGAGUAGUGAGGCAAGAGAAGUCCCGGUUACAAACCAAUCCAUGCCGGCUGGACUUUCUUCAGCUGCAUCCAACCCUCAGCAAAAUCAUUCUGUUUUCCAUAGCAGCACCGACGGGAUCGGUCGGCUGCUGCAGGGGCGUGCAGGAAGUUCAGGUUGGUACGCGACACGCUUCAAUGAUAUACAGAUGCACCAGCGCCCCGCCACCAUGUCAAGACUUGUGAGUGGACUUAAGGACGAGUCAAAGAUAUAUGAGGCUCAGUCGUUGGAUGAGAUUGCGUUGGUGACAGCAGCACGCGAUAAUCUCUUCUCGCUGCAGAAGCGAACCGCGAAGCAUAUCUUUAUAAAGGCUGUGAAUAGGAUGAUGUGCUACGAGAUCGUUGCUGAACUGGAGUUUACGCCGCAACGGAAGUUAAUGAGCAUUUUAUUGUACCGUCGUCCUGAAUGUGACACUGAGGUGUUUGAGCAGAGUAACACGCAUAAAAGUUACCACCGUCAAUCCACCAUCAAUACAUCAUUUCUUACAUUGCGAGAAGGAGGGGGGCGGUCCGUCCAAAUUGUUGACAUCCUUCCUCUCGCACCAGAAUCCCCCCUUGGCAAGAACGAGAGGGAUGACACAAUCAGCAAGGUGGAUGUUGCUGUGGCUGGCGUGCAAGGCGGUCUUGGGGCCUUACGUUUCAUUAAUGAGGAACGCCCCUACUUGCUGCUUGUCAAGGGGGCGGAUAGCAGCAUGAUGCCCAUUUUAAAUAAAAAUAAUCCGCGAAAUGUUGAGCUGAAGCCUGUUUUUCAGCAGAAACUGGAAACGAUGGCACAGAAGGGGCUUCGUACACUUGUCAUGGGGCAACGUUAUCUUUCGGAGAGCGAAGUGCGAGGAUGGCUACCGUGCUUCAACGAGGCUCAGUGCUCUAUGCACGAUCGCAGUGAUAAGCUGCAUGCCGUCUAUGCGAUGCUAGAAAAGGAUGUGGAUCUCGUGGGCACCACGGCGGUGGAGGAUCGGCUUCAAGAAGGGGUUCCGGAAACGCUAAAGUUUUUCUUGGAGGCAGAAAUUGUUGUGUGGAUGCUCACAGGGGACAAGCGGGAGACGGCGGUGACGAUUGCAGGAACAAGUGGCCUCAUUGACCCCGGGUUUGGGGAUUGUUUGGUACAUUUGGAUCUUGCGGAUGUCUCUGCAGGGUUUGUCGGCGUUGCCGAGGCUGCCGCUGAUGCCGCGGUGUGGAGAUCUCUGCAGGAGCAGAUGGAGGCGGCCGUACAAAAGUGUGACGCCUCUGACGAGAUACAUCACAAUACUCACACGGUGGUGUUAGUGGUGGAUGGACGGACGCUGGACAUCAUCUUCACAGAUGAGGCCUGCACCCAGAGGUUUUUUAAGCUUGGCAUUCGUUGCCGCAGUGCGGUGUGUUGUCGCAUGACGCCGCUGCAAAAGGCGCGGGUUGUAAAACUGUUUCAAAAAAACACACGUUCUGUUGCCCUGGCCAUAGGCGACGGCGCAAAUGAUGUAUCCAUGAUUCAGGAGAGUCGCAUUGGCGUUGGCAUUAUGGGGCUGGAGGGCUCCCAGGCGGAGUUGUCCAGCGACUACGCCAUCCCCAAGUUCCGUUUCUUAAAACGGCUUCUGAUGGUGCAUGGUCGCUUCGCCAUGUACCGCGACGCCCACUGUGUUAUUUUUAGCCUCUACAAGAGUGUAGUGCUGUGCACUGGACUCGCGACAUACGCCUUUUUUUGCGGUUUCUCCGGCAUGGUUUUGGUUGACUCCUGGCUGCUUGCGAUGUUUAAUCUUUUUUUUUGCUCUCUGCAGCCACUGAUACUUGGUAUCUUUGACAAGGACGUCGACGACGAGCUGGCCGAGUCCCUUCCGUCUCUCUACCCGGCACUGGCACGUGAGCAGAUGUUUUUCAGCUGGCCGUACAUCCUUAAGUGGCUGUUCGACGGGGUCGUGGAUGGGCUCAUGCUAUUCUUCGCUGUUUUUUACACCGUGGGGAAAUGGGACGAGUUGUACCCGCACCGCACUGCCUCCAUUGAGGACUACGGAAUGCUGUUUUUUGUGAUGUUGCUGUUUCUGCUGAACCUCCGUGUCGCAGCUCUCAUGACGUACUACACCGUCCUUUCAGCCGCCGUCAUCGCCUUAGGCUUCGUAGCGAUCCCGCUGCUGACGAUUGCGUACUCCGUGCUGCCUAAUGUACUUGGGUCGAACUGGUGUGUGGGGAUCGCCUUUGAGCUGAUGCGAACCAACAAGUUUUGGAUGCUGAUGCUCUUGACCAGUGGUCUUUUCAUCGUGUACGGGGUGGCGGUGAACACGUACAUUGCACUGUUUUGGCCGUGGACAAAUGGCGGACCCGCUAUGCAGGCGGCGUGGCGCUCGCCGUACCGAAUGGCGCACAAAACGCGCGUACGAUGUCUCCGCUGA